AUGACCCACCAAACACACGCCUAUCACAUAGUUAACCCAAGCCCAUGACCACUCACAGGAGCCUUCUCAGCACUACUUUUAACCUCAGGCUUAGUAAUAUGAUUUCACUACAACUCACUCACCCUGCUAUACCUAGGUCUUCUAUCAAAUAUACUUACAAUAUAUCAAUGAUGACGAGACAUUGUACGAGAAGGUACAUACCAAGGCCACCACACACCAAUUGUCCAAAAAGGACUUCGAUAUGGCAUAAUCCUGUUUAUUGUAUCAGAAGUGUUUUUCUUCGCUGGAUUCUUCUGAGCUUUCUAUCAUUCCAGCUUAGUACCUACACACGACCUAGGCGGCUGCUGACCACCAACAGGCAUCACACCAUUAAACCCACUUGAAGUACCCCUACUAAACACCUCUGUCCUCCUAGCAUCAGGGGUAUCGAUUACAUGAGCCCAUCACAGCCUUAUGGAAGGAAAACGAAAUAAUAUAAAUCAAGCCCUACUUAUUACAAUUGCUCUAGGCAUCUACUUUACAGUUUUACAGGCAUCAGAGUACCUAGAGACAUCCUUUUCUAUCUCAGACGGAAUUUAUGGAUCUACAUUCUUUAUAGCCACAGGAUUCCACGGAUUACACGUAAUUAUUGGCUCCACAUUCCUAACAGUAUGCUUUAUACGCCAACUAAAAUUCCACUUUACAUCAAAACACCACUUUGGCUUUGAAGCCGCAGCAUGAUACUGACACUUCGUAGAUGUUGUCUGACUAUUCCUCUACGUAUCAAUCUAUUGAUGAGGAUCCU